CAAAGUAACUAUAUAAAAGUUUAAUUCUUAAAAAGUAAUAUAAUAUAUAUGGCGCAACGUUUAGAGAUAAAAUUAAAACAACCUAAUCCACUUUUUGAAAAGUGGUUGGAGAAAUGGCUAGAGGAUGCAGAACGGCGCAACACCAAGUCACAGUACAAACUACGUGAAGCCUUACAAGCUCUUCGAAGUUAUCCGCUUCCACUAUCUUCAGGACGAGAAUGUGCUAUUCUCAGAGGGUUUGGAACUACUUUGUGCAACCUUAUUGAUGAAGAACUGCGACUGUAUAAUGUAAAACAUAAAAACGAUGUACCUCUACAAUCUACGAUGCAAACUUUCGAAUCAGAUGUAAAACAACUAGUCGAAUCGGUUAAGAAAAGCAAGUGCCGAAAUUCACCCAAAAAAACCCAAACAAAAAUCACUAAAAAGGUACAGAAAGCAAUAGCUGAAGAAGAAGAACGUCAACGUCAAGUGGUAAUGAGUCCGGGCAGCUUUCGCAUCAUACUUCUUGUUGAUACCCAAGAAACAAGUGGUAAAAAUAAACGCACUUUGGAUCAAACUCGUAGCUACUUGGAAAGUUUUGAACUUUUAUACGAAGUUCGACGAUUGACCAUCGGUGAUUUUCUUUGGAUUGCCCGUGACCAGGAAGGUAAUGAACUUGUCUUGCCAUUCAUAGUAGAACGCAAACGAUUUGACGAUUUGGCUUCAAGUAUACGUGAUGGUCGCUUUCACGAACAAAAACAUCGAUUACGUCAAUGUGGCUUACAAAACGUUAUCUACUUGGUCGAAGAUUAUGGAGACAAUGAACAUCUAGGCCUGCCCAUGGAGUCCUUACAACAAGCAAUUGUUAAUACACAAAUACAUUCAGGCUUUACAAUAGCACAUACCCAAAACAACUUCCGCUCUAUGAAGCAUUUACAAGGUGUUACAAAAACAUUGAUACGGUGUUUUAAGGAAAAGGUGUUAUUAAGUACUGCUAAAGAAAACUUACGACCCUAUCAUUCUUCAGCUGAUAUGGUCGGCCUGCUCAAAUUUCGUACCCUCUAUGAGGACUCUGCGCGUGGAGCACAAUUGACAGUACGUGAAAUAUUUGUCCAACAGUUGUUGCAAUUGCACUCGCUAUCGUUGGAAAAAGCCUUAGCCAUCGUUGAAGUAUACCCCACCCCACGAUUGCUUUUAGAUGCUUUUGAGAGAUGCACAACGGAAAAAGAAGCGCAAUUGUUGUUAGGAAAAAUUAAAUGUGGCCCAUUGCAACGACCAUUUGGAGAUAAACUAAGCCAAACAAUAUAUGAAUUUUACAAGACUGAGUUUUAAAAUCAUACAUAUUUAAUUAUUUACGCUGGAAAAAUACUUAGUUAAUAGCAGCUUAUGUAAUUUGAUAUACCAUAAUGAAAUAAAAUAUUAAUAGUAGAAAAGCA